AUGUUGCUUGAAGAGCCGAGGUGGGAUGCCAUGCUGCUGACUGCAGGUCGUUUGGCAGGGCAGUAUAUCAAGUUACCCUGGUUGGUCAUGAGCGUGUUACAGAAAUUGCAAAACUUGGAACCGCUGUUUGGGAAAGCGGUGACAGAUACCAUGACGUCCAUCCACGACACGAUUGACUUGUUCCUUGCUCAAUUAUUUGCUCAGGGUAAAGUGCUGGGGGACAAUGUGCGUCAGGUCUAUCGAUUAAAAGGCCUCAUUGAGGUCUUGGUGACUCUACGCAAUUCAAACGUAGAUAUGGCUUCUCCAGAGGUACAGAUGUCAGAGGCAUUUGCUGAUCUGGUGGGAGAUCGGUAUAAAACGAAGGGUACGCCUGCGGCUAUUUUCGGCUUGCUUAUCCAGCUAACAGGCUAG